AUGUCGUCGCUCGCAGCGACGCAGGCGGAUGGGUACUACUACCCCGCCGAAUGGCGGCCAGAGCACGGGUCUCUGACUCAAUUUCGCCAGUCAAAACAAGCACAAGCUCAAGGUCGACGUGUCCAGCACAAGCACGUAGAAGGGGAUGGCAAAGCUCCCGUCGUACGCUUUGAAAUGCCGUUCCACGUCUGGUGCACACACUGCGACGUGCACAUUGGACGGGGCGUGCGCUUUAACGCCGAGAAGCGUUGCGUGGGCCGGUACUUCUCGUCAACAGUGUGGGAGUUUGUAAUGCGCUGCGCCACUUGCAGCGGGCAGCUCGUCAUUCGGACGGACCCGAAAGAGCGCAGCUACGAGCUGGUGAGCGGCGUCGAGAAGAAAGCCGAGGCAGAAGACGCACGGGAGAUGGAGACGGAGCUCUUGAACGAUGCCAAAGUGGCUCAGAAGCUACGGACGGACCCGUUCUUUCGACUGGAGCAUGAGAACGAGGACAAGCGCGUUGCGAGGAAGCGCUCGCGAGGUCUUGACGCACUUGUGCAGCUCCAAAGCGCUCAGUUCAAAGACGACUACGCGAGCAACUCGGCGCUGCGUGCUCAAUUCAGGAGCGACAAGAAGAAGCAGAAACGAAGAGAAGAGGAGGCAACGCGGCUGGGGAUUGGCGGCAUCCCGCUUGUGGAUGUGCAUUUAGACGACGUGGUGGUGUCGAGAACAAUUGCGUUCAAAGGCAUUCCACACAAGCGAAGAGCUGUGCAAGUCAUGAGAGGCAGUGAGAAGGCUCGAUCUAUGUGUGCGAGAGCAGCUGCUGCAGACGAGAAAGCAGACUCCUUCCAGUACUUCGGCGACCCGUUGGGAUCCAAGUUGCGGUGCAUGCAGGCGGCAAAACGAUCGGCCAAGAAGCGCGCAGCCACGUUGUCAAGGACGUGA